GCAUUAAUUUUCGUAAGGAGGUGUGGUUGCUGAGCCCGCGGUUUAUACUUCUGGCGUCCAUGGAACAGGGUAUUCGAUAUCUAUCUGUUCUUGAUCGGGAACAUUGGCGAUUCUUAACAUGCCAGUUCCUGUCGAUGUUGUCAGGCUAUGUAAUGCGAAGAUGCAUACCGCCGUGUACAGAAAAUUCCAAACGUCGUCAUCUGUUUGAGUUUGUCAGCGGAUUUAUAAUUCUUUAUCUUGGUUAUGGAUCGCUUGUUAUUCACAUGUUUGCCCAAGCCAUUCCAGCAUAUAUAAUGAUGGUUCUACUCCCAUUGUCGGUCGCUCAGUAUGGCAUUCUUGUUUUUUCUAUGAUGUACCUAUCUGGUGUGCAUAUCCAUAAAUUUGUCCAAAAUCCUUCAAUUGAUAUUACUGCGCCGUUAAUGGUGCAAACACAAAAGUUGUCUUCCUUAGCCUUUAAUAUCAAUGAUGGUGUACAGUUGGCAAAAAAGGGGAUUGUUGACCGCGACUACCACAAACUUAAUGCUGUCGAAAAGCGACCUCGGCUUCUGCAAUUGGGUGGAUACUUAUUUUCGUUCCAUAACGUUAUGAUUGGCCCCUUCAGUUUCUUCGCUGAUUAUUUAAGAUUUAUCCAAGGUCAGGAGUCGGAACGUUUACUGGACCAAAAUGAAAAAAAGCACUUCGAGGAUAAUAAGGAAGCGAUACGCUCUGCUAAAGCUGAAAAGUGGAAACAGGUGAAACUUCUACUACUUCACACCAUAUUAACGAUAUGGGCAUUGACAAGUUUUAAACCGGAGUACUUUUUGUCGGAUGAUUUUGCAAAAAAAAAUUAUCUUCAAAAAUAUGUUUACUUAUCAAUCGCAUGUUUCGGUUUUCGUCAGAGAUUCUAUUUCGCAUGGACUAUUAGCUGUUUAUCAAAUCUGAUUGCUGGUUUUGGAUUUUCUGGAUUCGAUAGUAAAGGUGAACCUGAAUAUCGUUUCGCUACUAACAUCUACUUCCUGCCUAUUGAACUUGGUACAAGUACAAAAGUCAUCUUAGAUUCAUGGAAUACGGCUACAACACGAUGGUUACGUGAAUGUAUCUACGAUCGUGUGCCGAAACGCUAUGCUGUUUGGGUAGUUUUUAUUGUGUCAGCCAUGUGGCAUGGUUUUUAUCCAGGUUACUAUCUAGCUUUUGUAUCUGCAGCAUUAAUUACAGUAGCUGGAAGAGUAUGUCGGAAACAUCUUAGACCUUAUUUUCUCCAUUCAUCUGGAUUACGUUGUCUUUAUGAUGUGAUUACUAACUUGGGUGCUAUGUUAUGCUUAAAUUAUUUGGGUGUUCCAUUUCUCCUACUAACUACCGACAAGGUGUUGCAUUUCUGGAGUCUUCAGUCGAAAAUUACAAAAUUUAUGAAUAUCGGUCAACGUUUAGAAAUCGGAAAAAACUGAUAAAGUUUGAUCUAUCAGUUAUGUCGCAUAUCCGAAUACUUAAAGAAUGAGUCGUUACUAAAGGAACAUGGGAAAACACAAAAGUUUAUACUGCGUAAGAACUGAAUGGGAUAAGUGUUACAAUUCGGAGUUGAAAGAAUGAACGAUAAUAAUUAACGAUUGCAAGCUGAGGGUUGCGACUAUUGAGUCUGAGUAAUUCGCAGAGGGAAAUCAGAAGAUUGGUAAUCAGCUGGAUUUAUAGCACGUCGAACUGAAAACAUUUACUGGUAAAAACAGGCCCUAUUUGUAGCGUUUACAAUAAUUCUGAAAGACAAGGAAUAAUUAGCACAUUUAAAGGAGCAUGAGCCAAUCAAAACAUUAGUGAGUUAUUUGAAAUGCGAUCCACGUGUAGGUAGUAGAGCGUGAAGAGAAACUGUUUAAAGUAUACAAAUGGAAUAUAAGGCAUAUAGACAACAUCCCCAACAGUAUGAAAAAGAGAAAAUGAACAAUUUGAAGCAUAAGCAAUUAAACUCAAGCAGUGUGAAGGGGUUAAACAAACUUCUUUCUUACUUAAAACUCCAGAGGCUCUAUAUGAGGAUUAUAUAACCGGAAAGAGCCUUUUCGCUAAUUUAUUGCUUGUUCACUGACUGGACUACACCUCUUUUGUGUGCACUGAUAUGAAUCAUUGAUUAUGUAGAACGUAUUAAGUAGGAUUAAAGCAUUUAAUCUGAUGACACAGUUAUUAAUACCUGUGAAUUAUUCAUCCCCCUUUUUUCCCAUCAAAUUUUUUCUAUUGCUUUUCGUUUUCAUGUAGACAAAUGCGUUUUAUUGGACAUAUUGGUCCAUUAGUUUUAAUAAUUGGCCUUCCAUUAAUAUGUGGCAAACCUGGACAGUUGUAGAAUCUGAAUUCAUUUUACUUCUAUGUAUAUAUAUAUUAAACGUGGAGAAAAGAAAAUUAUCAUGACUGUUACUACUACUAAUACUAUAUUGUUUUUCAUCGUUCCUUCUGUGUUAUUCAGUAAAUCCAUCAUUACUCUUAGUGUGCAUAUUGAUGAAGAUAGAAAGAGUUGUUGUGUAUUGUUCGCAUUUCUUACACCUACUUAUUUUGAAACAUUUAUGUCGUAUACGUGUGCGCUACUCUUAUUAUCUAUGACCUUGGGCUUAUAUUAUCCACAUAUUGUAUGCAACGACUAACUCAUACAAAAAAGUGAAAAUAUACACUGAGACACACAAACACACGCACACUUUGAUUGCAUCAUCGUUCUUUUUACGUUCCCAUAUCAUUUAUCAGUCGAUUUAUAUCGCAGUAACAUUCAUUCUUGUAUCUUUUACAGUCUUUAUUUUUCAAUUGCACAGUUUGUGUACUUUUUCUGUUUUGUAUUGUUUGGUAUGUAUAAGACCAGGAGAUAACUAUUUAUUUAAAAGUAUGGAAAGGAACAAAUAUUUAUAUAUGUUCUUUUUAUCAGCAAUCCUUAUCAAUGAUUGUAUUGUUGUUUCUGUUGCCGUGAUUCCAUUCCCUUUGCUUUCUGUGUAAAUGAUGUAUGUGAAACGAUAAAACCUUAUGAAAGUCAUAAUGCCUAAAGAGCAUGACUAGAUUAAAAAGGGAAAUAAAUACUAAUUGAUAUUUUUACUAAUG